AUGGAAACCGAAAGAGUGUCAAAAUCUUCGAAGUGGUUCUCAAACAAGGGUCUUAGGUUAAGCCUUCAUCGUCGUAGAUCAAAGUCUAGUUCAGCAUCAAGCUCUCCUAACUCUCCCAUGUCUCCAUGUACACCAAAAAAAUAUAGCACUAGAGAAGAUGAACUCAAAGAAGUUUUUCGUCAUUUCGAUGGUGAUGGUGAUGGAAGGAUCUCAGCCCUAGAACUUAGGUCAUACUUUGGAUCCAUAGGGGAGUACAUGUCACAUGAAGAGGCAGAAUCCGCGAUCAAUGAUCUUGAUGCAGACCAGGACAACUUGUUGGACUUUCAAGAUUUUUUGAGGUUAAUGAACAGGGAGGCUAAUGAUAAGGAUGAUGAUCUCAAAAUGGCCUUUGAAAUGUUCGAAAUGGAGAAGGGAUCGGGGUACAUAACCCCUACGGGGUUGCAAAGGAUGCUGCAUCGACUAGGAGAUGCAAAGUCUUAUGAUGAGUGUGUGGCCAUGAUUCAUGUUUUUGAUAUUGAUGGCAAUGGAGCUCUUGAUUUUCACGAGUUUAUUCAAAUGAUGGCUUGA